AGAAGAAGAACCGCUACAGUAGAAACAGCUGAUUGACUGGAAGGUUCGUGCUCUACGUGGUCUACUAGUCUCUGAUGCUUCCCAGCAUCCUCCGCGCUGCCCGUCCCGCCUCCACCAGCCUUGCCUCGGCCCGGUCUCUGGCCCACUCCAGACCCCGCAUGGACCCGGACCCCGGCAGGCCCGUGGAGUCGGCCAUCCGGGCCAAACUGGCUGCGGCGCUUGAGCCCGCCCACCUGGAGGUCCACAACGAAAGCCACAUGCACGCCGUCCCCCCCGGGUCCGAGUCCCACUUCCGCGUGCUGGUGGUCAGUGGCCGCUUCGACGGGCUGCCCCUGAUCCAGCGCCACCGGCUGGUCAACGAGGCGCUGAAGCAGGAGCUGAGCAGCUGCGUUCACGCUCUGGCCAUCCAGGCCAAGACCCCCCAGCAGUGGGAGGCCAACGCCACCCUGGCCAAGAGCCCCCCCUGCUUGGGGGGGUCCAAGGGGGACCACUCGGUGGAGGAGAAGCUGAAGGUUGGACGGGAGUGAGGUGAAGACUUUAGAGAUGACCCUUUCCUCCAUGUUUGCAGCUUUAUUAGAUUUAAAUCAAAUAUUUGCGCUCAUUGUCAUACCAACUGUGACCAGCAGAUGGCAGCAGCUGCUUCUGAUUUGCAUCAGUAUAACCUGUCCAGAUCCACAUCUCUGGGAUUUCACGUCAGUAGAAAACAAAACCUCCUGAACUGUCCGGAAACGAGAGCCUGUUGCCGUUUACGUCGAGCUGAAAACCAGAAUCUGUCCCACAUUUCUGUGUUUGACUGUAAAUAAACACUGAGCUGCAACGGGAGUCAGUCUGGUGGCCGUCACCCCCGAGCGUGAAGGACGGGUUUCCCAGGGACGCGUCUGUUUCACUGGUUUCCCUCUCAAUUAAAACUAUUAUUUCAUCCUCAAGGUCAAGAGGUCAAUGACAUUUCUAGCUUUUCAAGAGAUAAUCAGGUGUAAUGUGAAAAAGUUGAGUAAAAGUUCGUCUCACCUGUUGUAA